AUGGCGACUCCGAGCCCGAGCAGCGGCUCCGGCGGCGGGAGCGGGCCAGGCCCGGGCGGCCCGCAGGCGCACGCCGCCGCCAGCAGCAUGCAGGGUAAACGCAAAGCGCUGAAGUUAAAUUUUGCAAACCCACCUUUCAAGUCCACAGCAAGAUUUACUCUAAACACCUCUGGAGUUCCUUUCCAAAACCCACACAUAGAGAGACUGAGAACACACAGCAUUGAAUCAUCAGGAAAAUUGAAGAUUUCCCCUGAGCAACAUUGGGAUUUUACAGCAGAGGACUUGAAAGACCUUGGAGAGAUUGGACGAGGAGCUUAUGGUUCUGUCAACAAAAUGGUCCACAAACCAAGUGGGCAAAUUAUGGCAGUUAAAAGAAUUCGGUCGACAGUGGAUGAGAAGGAGCAGAAGCAGCUUCUGAUGGACCUGGACGUGGUGAUGCGGAGCAGCGACUGCCCCUACAUCGUUCAGUUCUAUGGAGCUCUCUUCAGAGAGGGUGACUGCUGGAUCUGCAUGGAGCUCAUGUCUACCUCGUUUGAUAAGUUUUACAAAUAUGUAUAUAGUGUAUUAGAUGAUGUUAUUCCAGAAGAAAUCCUAGGCAAAAUCACUUUAGCUACUGUGAAAGCACUAAACCACUUAAAAGAAAACUUGAAAAUCAUUCACAGAGACAUCAAACCUUCCAAUAUUCUUCUGGACAGAAAUGGGAAUAUUAAGCUCUGUGACUUUGGCAUUAGUGGGCAGCUGGUGGACUCCAUCGCCAAGACGCGGGACGCAGGCUGCCGGCCGUACAUGGCGCCCGAGAGGAUAGACCCCAGUGCCUCCCGGCAGGGCUACGACGUCCGCUCCGACGUCUGGAGCUUGGGGAUUACAUUGUAUGAGCUGGCCACAGGGCGGUUCCCCUACCCCAAGUGGAACAGUGUGUUCGACCAGCUGACACAGGUGGUGAAGGGAGACCCCCCCCAGCUGAGCAACUCAGAGGAGAGGGAGUUCUCCCCAAGCUUCAUCAACUUCGUCAACUUGUGCCUUACAAAGGACGAGUCCAAAAGGCCAAAGUACAAAGAGCUUCUGAAGCAUCCCUUCAUCCUGAUGUACGAGGAGCGGACGGUGGACGUUGCAUGCUACGUCUGCAAGAUCCUGGAUCAGAUGCCGGCGACUCCCAGCUCCCCCAUGUAUGUCGACUGACCUGGCUGCUACCAUCCACCUCUGGAACAAGGGCUGAGGGGAGCAGGGAGCUGUAAAAGAGUUUUCAUCACAUGUUGCAGUGUUUUUAAUGCUCGCCCAGACACCAUGUGAAUACCUGUGGUGUUCUUUUCCAUCCUGUCUGUAUCCUGUUGUCACGUUUCAAGUGCAUCCCUGUAAUAGCUGAUCACACAGUGUUGGUGUUGGUCACAGAGAGACAGACCUCAUCUUGCUCUUUUUGUGGACAUGUUCAUGAGCUGUGGAAAUGAGUGCAGUUAUUUGGUGACUGUGAUUGGAUGAGCACCUAAAAAAAACGAAACAAAACAAAAAACAACCCCACAAAAAGAAUUCAUUUCUAGACUCAAAACUUGGGAGACUUCUCAGCAGC